GGGGGUGGGGGGCUGCCAGAGUCCAGCUAGCAGGAAGGAGCCAGGCUCUUCCUCCCGUUACACUGAGUUGCAUCGCCCCGGCUAGCACAAAUGCACAGCGCGCUCUAGAUCUCGUCUGGCGCAUCAGUGGCACAGCAAGCUCUCUCUCCUGCGCUCCCCAGCAGCAGUGACUGUGUGUGUGUGUCUGGGGGUUGCUCUUUGCUCUCUCUCUCUCUCACACACACACACACCAACGUUCACUCUGCUCCACACUUCAUCCCUUGGCCUUAGCUCGCCCCAUGCCGCGAGCCAGCCCUCCCUCCCCACCCACCCCUCUGUUUUAACACCCCCCUCGCCGAUUUCCUAGUCUGAUUCUCCAUCCUUUUUGCCUCGUUACUGGAAUAAACUGGCCGGCUGGCGUGAUAAACUUUGUGGAGGGAGAGAGCGAUUGGACGCCAAACAGAGAGCCCGUCCAGCUGAGCCUGUGAGAUCCAUCCAUUACAUGGCUCGCCCAGCUGCCAUCGCCCCAAGCUUCCCCUCUCCCUGGAGCCAGGCUAUGUCGUGCUGCUGCCCCCCACCCCCUCACCUGCCACGGACCCAGGCGUCCUGAGCAGGAGGACCACAGAGCCCGACUCUGGAGCACCCCGACGGGAGAAGUUGCAACUUGGAGGGAUAAUGCCCUGGAUUCCUCGCUGCAAGGGCUGCUCUCACGUCAAACCUGUGCUGGGAAUGGAUUUUUUCCUUCCUUUUCUUUUUUGAAAGGCUAUCCCGUCAUAAAGCAAAAGCAGCAGAGCCCGCUCCCCCCUUUGAAGCCAGCCAUGACAACUCAGCAGCGUAUGUCAAGCGGAUUGGAGGGGAGCUACCUCCACGGUUGAGUAACACAGCAACUCUGCCUCCACAGAGUGGGUGUGAAUACAAAUCCCUCAGCUUGGUCAUGCAAGAACACCCUGCUGCCGGGGGGCUUUGAGAAAGGAUUGGGUUUAUUAUCCUGUUUUAAGUAACUUUUGGGAAGAAAGCAGGAGGAAUCAGACACCAGAUCUCGGGGGGAGAGAUUGCCAAAAAAAGGGAGGCUCUUGGGACAACCUGCAAGGAAAUAAAAAUUCCUUCAGACUGCAAACUGGAACCUGACGCUGAAAAGGAUGGAUUUACAAAGAGCCGAGCUGAAUUGAAGUCCGACAGCCCCCGAAAUGUGCAUGGUUGCUGGGGAAGGCUAGCCUGAUUAUAUAUCGCUGUCAGCAGGGUGUGUUGGGUUGGGAAGAAGGAUAAAAGAGGUCGAGCUGAACUGAUGCCCGCUGUGGACAUAAAAAGUCCCUUGGAGUUUGCAAAGCUGCAGCCCCAUCGAUGGAAGUAGGAGUCUGAAGCCCAAGUUGAUCAGAGAGGAGGGAGCGGCAUAGCAGGAAGGUCCCAAAGGUGUAACCCAGGGUCCGCUCCCCACCACCCCCGGCACAAUGACAACAGCAUCCACGGUGACCUCCACAGUGGUGACCACAGCAUCAGCCAUGGACCUGCGUGACUGGCUCCUGCUGUGCUAUGGCCUGGUGGCCUUCCUGAGCGAGGUGAUGGCCAGUGGCGCCUCCUGCCCCUCGGUGUGCCGCUGCGACAACGGCUUCAUCUACUGCAACGACCGGGGCCUGACUUCCAUCCCAGCCGACAUCCCUGACGAUGCCACCACCCUGUACCUACAGAACAACCAGAUCAACAACGCCGGCAUCCCCUCCAACCUCAAGUCCAAACUCAACGUCCAGGUGAUCUAUCUCUAUGAGAACGACCUGGACGAGUUCCCCGUCAACCUGCCACGCUCGCUGCGGGAGCUGCACCUCCAGGACAACAACGUGCGCACCAUUGCUCGUGACUCCCUGGCCCGCAUCCCCCUGCUGGAGAAGCUCCACCUGGACGACAACUCCGUCUCCACUGUCAGCAUUGAGGACGACGCCUUUGCCGACAGCACCCGCCUCAAGCUGCUCUUCCUGUCCCGCAACCACCUCAGCAGCAUCCCGUCUGGCCUGCCUCGCACCUUGGAGGAGCUGCGGCUGGAUGACAACCGCAUCUCCACCAUCCCGCUGCAUGCCUUCAAAGGGCUGAACAGCCUGCGGCGGCUGGUGCUGGAUGGGAACCUGUUGGCCAACCAGCGCAUUGCCGACGACACCUUCAGUCGGCUUCAGAACCUCAGCGAGCUGUCCCUGGUCCGCAACUCUCUGGCUGCCCCUCCGCUCAAUCUGCCCAGCUCCCACCUGCAGAAGCUGUACCUCCAGGAUAAUGCCAUCAGCCACAUCCCCUACAACACCCUCUCCAAAAUGAAGGAGCUCGAGAGGCUGGACUUGUCCAACAACAACCUCACCACUCUGCCCAAGGGCCUGUUUGAUGACCUGGAGAGCCUGACCCAGCUGCUGCUCAGGAACAACCCUUGGUUCUGUGGUUGCAACCUCAUGUGGCUGAGGGACUGGGUCAAGGCCCGGGCCUCAGUGGUCAACGUGAGGGGGCUGAUGUGUCAAGGGCCGGAUAAAGUGAGAGGCAUGGCCAUCAAGGACAUCACCAACGAGAUGGAUGAGUGCUUUGAGGCAGGUGCACAGGGCAACGCAGUGGCGGCCAAGACUACCACCAGCCACGCAGCCGUCACCACACCUCAGGGCUCCCUCUUCACCCUCAAGGCCAAGCGACCUGGGAUCCGCCUGCCAGACUCCAAUAUUGACUACCCCAUGGCCACAGGGACCGGCACUAAGGCCUUGGUUCUCAAUGUCAAGCCACUGACAGCCGACAGCAUCCAGAUUAGCUGGAAGGCCAUGCUGCCUGCAGCUUCCUUCCGGCUCAGCUGGCUGCGUCUGGGUCACAGCCCAGCGGUAGGCUCCAUCACCGAGACCCUGGUGCAAGGGGACAAGACUGAGUACUUGCUAACGGCCCUGGAGCCCAAGUCCACUUACAUCAUCUGCAUGGUCACCAUGGAGACAGGCAGCACCUAUGUGGCAGAUGAAACACCAGUGUGCGCCAAAGCAGAGACAGCUGACACCUACAGCCCCACCACAACCCUCAACCGGGAGCAGAACGUCGACCCAUUGGCUGGGCUGCCUCUGGCAGGGAUCAUUGGUGGGGCGGUGGCCUUAGUCUUCCUCUUCCUGGUCUUGGCAGCCAUUUGCUGGUAUGUCCACCGGACAGGCGAGCUGCUGACGCGGGAGAGGGCCUACAGCAGGGGCAGCCGGAAGAAAGACGACUACGUCGAAUCGGGUACCAAGAAGGACAACUCCAUCCUGGAGAUCCGAGGUCCUGGGCUGCAGAUGCUUCCCAUCAACCCACACCGAGCCAAGGAGGAAUACGUAAUCCACACGAUAUUCCCAUCCAACGGCACCAGCUUAUACAAAAGCACCCAUACCAUCGGCUACGGCACAACCCGUGGAUAUAGAGAAGGCGGCAUCCCAGACAUAGAUUACACCUAUACAUGAUGGAGAACCAUCGCUCCCUCUCAACCCUCACACUGCCCCAUGCCGCUGCCACCUGGUGGCUUACAAAUUGAGGAGAAACUAUUUUCCCUACCAGAAACGGCUUGAGUGGCAGGCAUUGGGGAGAAGGGAGGGAAAAACUAUUUUGUAGAAAAACAAGGGGUGGUUAAAAAUUAAAAAAAAAAAGACAAUUUAUAUUUAAUAUUCCAGAUUUCAAACAAACAACACAUGCUCAUGGAUUGUUAUGGAUCGAGGC